AUGGGUAUCCCGCAGUACAAUGGACCGGCUGACACCAAGGCUUCACCCCAAGAGCAGUUGGUGGCUCAGUUUGGCCGUCUGCACAUUCUCGAUGACCUGAUCCGUCUACGAGCGUCAGACGCCGUCCAGCAGCCUAUUCUGGCGUACCCCAAGCCCUCGGACAACGACGAUGUCUCCUAUGAGUACUUUACCGGGCAGGACCUGGACUGCAUGGUGGACCAGGCUGUCUGCGCCUUGAUGGACUGUGGUUUCAAUCCUGUAGGUCAGAGAUAUCCGCGACGCGAGAAAGCCAUCGUGGCCCUCUUCACUCUAUCGGAUCUCAACAUGGUGGUGACCUUUUUCGCCCUCAGUCGACUCGGAUAUACAGUGAUGAUGCUCUCGCCACGCCUCUCAGCCGCUGCAUGUGUCUCUCUGCUGGACGUCACCGGCUGCGAUACAAUUCUCUAUGGUCAGACACCCAACAUCCGAGCAACAAUGGGCGAGAUCCUGCGCCUGAAGCUGGUAGCAUGCCGGCCCAUGAUCCAGAGAGCCGGUCUCGACGAGUACGCAUCCGAGUCCACCUUUGUCGUCCUCAACCGAAGCCGCAAUCCCGAAGUGCAAACGAACAAGAUCGCUCUGAUCCUGCACUCGUCCGGGUCGACCGGCACCCCGAAGCCCCUGUAUCUCAGCCACAAAGCACUCAUGACACACCCCCUGCGCGGCCCUGGCCUGACUUCGUUCAACUCGCUGCCCUGGUACCAUCUCCACGGCCUCUCGACCGCCCUGCAGGCCAUGUACAUGAGAAAGACGGCAUACAUGUGGGAUGCGUCGCUGCCGCUGACGGCCACGUCGGUCGUGUCUGCCCUGGAGGCGGCACAGCCCGAGUCCGUCCAGGCCGUUCCGUAUCUCCUGCAGCUGCUGGUCGACAGUGCGCGCGGGCUGGACGCGCUGCGGACAUGCAAGCUCGUCACGUACGGAGGGGCGCCGUGUCCCGACGAGCUGGGGGAUCGCCUGGUGGCGGAGAAGGUGAAGUUCGGAGGUUCAUUUGGCUUAACGGAAGCUGGUCUCGUGGCCGAGUCAAUCUCCCGUCCAGCAGACGACCGCUUCUGGAACUACCUCAAGUUCUUCGACAACAUUCGCCCCUUCAUCUGGAUGAAGCCCAUCAGUGACGACCUCUUCGAAUGCGUCUACCUCUCCGGCCAUCCGGCCCUGACAACCUCUAACUCCAAUGAGCCUCCGGGCUCCUUCCACUCGCGUGACGUCUUCACGCCGCACCCGACCAUCCCCGACAGAUGGAAGUAUGUCACGCGUGUUGACGACCGCAUCACCCUCGUCAACGGCGAGAAGGUUCUCCCCCUGCCGAUCGAGGGCACCAUCAAGCAGAGCCCGCUCGUGCAGGAAGCCGUCGUCGUGGGGGUGGGCAAGACCGUUCCGGGGCUGUUGAUAUUCCCGUCCACCGACGCCAACAUGCUCUCCAGCGAAGACAUCCUGCAUCUGCUGGCACCGACGAUCGACGAGGCCAACUCGCGCGCGGAGCAGUUCUCACAGAUCUCGCGCGACAUGGUCGUCGUCCUACCCUCUGGCGCCGUCUGCCCGCGCACAGACAAGGGGUCGAUGAUCCGCGCGCAGGUCUACGCGAAGUACGCGGACAUCAUCGACGAGAUGUACACGCGGCUCGACAGAGGCACCGACGGCACGCUGCAGCUCGACCAGGCCAACACGGAGACACAUCUCCUGAAGCUCUGCCGCGACGAACUGGGCUUCUCCGUGCCCAGCGUCGACGCAGACUUCUUCGCGCAGGGCAUGGACAGCCUCAAAGCCAUCCAUCUGCGGCGGCUAAUUCUUCGCGAGUUCCGCAUCGACGACGGUAAGGCGAUCCCACAGAACAUCGUCUUCGAGACGGGCAACAUCACCCGUCUAGCAGCCCACAUCCACAGCAUCCAGUCCGGCCAGGCCGCCCCCGCCAUCGUCACAGACGACCUCGCCCUCAUGCCCGACCUGAUCGCGAAAUACUCCUCCUUCCGCACACACACCCCCAACCCAGCCCUGGCCAGCUCCCAGCGCAGCGUGAUCCUCACCGGCGCAACGGGCUCCAUCGGCGCGCACACGCUCUACCGGCUCCUCAACGACGACACCGUCGCAGCCGUCUACUGCCUCACGCGCCGGGCCCAACCCAAGCCCGCCAUCCUCGACGCCCUCUCCCGCAAGGGCCUGAACGUGCCGGACUUCCGCACAAAGAAAAUCGUCGCCCUGCAGAGCAGCCUCGACGCCCCCGACCUUGGCCUCGACGCGGCCACCCUCGAGACAAUGCGCCAGUCCGUCUCGCUGAUCAUCCACACAGCCUGGCCGGUGAACUUCAACCUCCCGCUGUCCAGCUUCGAGCCGCACAUCCGCGGCGUCUACAACCUAGCCAACUUCUCGCUCUCAGUGCACCUGCCCUCCCCCGCCGUCAUGCUUUUCUGCUCCUCCAUCUCGACCGCGCUCGGCGCCCCAUCAUCCACCAUCCCCGAAGCCCCCGUGCCCGAUCUCGCCAGCGCACUGGACAUGGGCUACGGACGGUCGAAGCUGAUCGGCGAGAAGAUCGUCAGCGCGGCGCGGCAGGCCGGCGCGCGGGCCUUCACCCUGCGCAUCGGGCAGGUGUCGGGGCACUCGAAAAAGGGCCUGUGGAACGACUCGGAGGCGCUCCCGCUGCUGAUCCGGUCGGCGCUGACGCUCAAAGCGCUGCCAGCGCUGGACACGACGUGCUCGUGGCUGCCGGUCGACAAGGUGGCGAGCGGUGUGCUCGAGCUGGCGAAGUCGUGCGCGGCGCAUUCGCUGGAGACGCCUGUGCCGCCGGCCGGGGAAGACGACACGGUGUACAACGUGUGCAAUUCGCGGGUGUUUACGUGGGGGUCGCUGCUGGAGACGCUGCGGAGCAGCGGGUUCGAGUUCGACGUCGUGCCGUUCGCGCAGUGGCUGGGGAUGUUGCGGGCGAGCGCGGCGCGCGGCGAGGAGCGGGUCAAUCCGGCUGUGAAGCUGGCGGAUCACUACGAGGCGAUGUAUGGUGGGGAGACGGCGGGGGAGAAGACGUUUGUCACGGAGAAGGCGGAGCGGGAUAGUGUGACGUUGCGGAAUGGACGGCUGCGGAUUGUGAAGGAUGGGAUUUUGCAGCGGUAUGCGCAGGACUGGUUGAAGCGGUGGGCUGUGGCGGAAUGUAAUUAG